GAAGUCGCUUGUGAGUGCAACGCUGACUAAGAAUCCGCGAAAAUUAGGUAUGCUCAAUUUGCAGAAGCCCUUCUACUUCGUGUCGACACAGUCUGGUGCCUUUAGUGUACCCGAAUCUUUGCGGCAGCACAGCGUUUUCACGCGGGACCGACCAAGAGCUGUCUCUGCCUGGCUAUUGCGAGAGUUGUUUUUCAUCAUGACGCCAUCAUCUACUCUCAGUCCCAGAACUUCCACCACGGCAACCACGGCAUCUGCAGCAAAAUCUGUCAUGAUUUUCUGCGGCUCGGUGGAAGAAGCACAUCGUCUAACGAGGUUUCUACAACUGUUUUUGCUGUUGUUGCCAAGAUUUUUCGAGCAGAACAAGGGUCCUCAGGGUCGUCGUGGUCAAAAGGCUCCUGCAAGCAAGAAGUCAUUCACGACCUCCAAGAAGCCGAACUCCAAUAUGGACCAGGAAGAUAAAAAUGUUUUAGAAGAGCUUUUCCACUCACAACAAAACGCCAAAACCACUUCUGCCAUUGUCGUGAAGGAAUUUUCUUCCGCGAUGCCUCAAGCUGCACGAAACGAUAUCGUUAGGGAGAUGACCAGAAGCUCCUCCAGUUGUACUCAAAAGAAGCAAAAUGAACCAGCAGUAGAGGAUGAAGAAAGUAAAAAAAUGCGUGUCUUAGUAUGCUCCGACGCCGCAGCCCGUGGUCUGGACUUGGGCGACAACGGGGGUGUGAACGCAGUGAUUAACUUCGACGUGCCGAAGUACGUCAAGACCUACGUCCAUCGCGUAGGACGAACGGCUCGUGGUGACAAUGCUUCAGCCAAUACCUUCCACGGAAGAGCAGUUUCCUUAAUUCAGCAGAGUGAGGUGAAGCAUUUUCGGCGAAUGAUUCACCACCUAGACGCUGGUCAUUCUCGGAAAGUCUUCAAGGUCUCUAGUGG